CUCAAGCCCGACGUGUGAAGAAGACGACCCCGAGCAAGCUCGCCGCCCAUGGGGAAGAAGACCACCACGAAGAAGGGCGGAAGCUCCAAGGAGCCGGUCACUCGUGACUGCACGAUCCACCUGCACAAGCACAUGCAGAAGGUCGCCUUCAAGAAGCGAGCCGCAAGGGCGGUCCGUGUGGUCCGACAAUUUGCGAGCAAGGUGAUGCUCACCAGCGAUAUUCGCAUCGACACCAAGCUGAACAAGUUCCUGUGGAGCAACGGCGUGCGCAACGUGCCCCGGCGCGUGCGCGUGCGCCUUUCCCGAAAACGCAAUGAGGAUGAGGAUGCCAAGGAGAAGAUGUUCACCUUGGUGCAGCACGUGCCAGUGGAAAGCUUCAAGGGCCUUCAGACGGAGAACGUCCGAGACGAAUGAGGAGGAUGAAAUCUGGACGAUCAAGACGAUUCGGGCGCGGCUGGAUCCA